UUCGGAACGUCGCCAGCGCUCUCGUUUUUCCUCACGUUGGCCACCCUGCGUCGGCUGAUGUCGAUAUGAGUAACACGACGGGACGACGCACGAGAUUGGUUAUGAGACCGAGGCUCAGGCCGCUCAGGAGAUUUUUCUAAAGAGCCGAAGCACCCUAAUUCCGAUUUAAUUGAGCGAUGGGGUCCACGAGGCGCAGUACGUCUUGUUGACGUUGUCCCUUCGCGGUUUAAAGCGAAUCGCUGAGACCACGCGGCGGACCUCGCGAUUGUUUUGCAGGGGCGACGCGUAAUUGGAUAAUCAGCGCGUGUAUAAACGGGAAAACAUUUCCAUCGACGUUUCACAACAAUCAUGGAGAGUAUGGAGACCGUUAAACAUUUGUGGAAUGUCAAUCAGUUCAUGACGCAGCUGAAGAGCCCAUUGGUUACGGAGUUACAGAUGUUUUACAUGCAAAAAUGUAAAAAUCUUAGCAACAGAGUAGAGCUGCCGCAGCAGAAUUUUGGGCCGUCAGUGGCGUGUUCGCAUUGUGGAUCACUUUGGAGGAAGGUGGAUCAUCAAGUUCGGAUAGUAAGUGGCAAAAGAAUGUCUAAAUCGGUGAAGAAGAUCGUGCGAAAUAUGAAUGAAAAUCCAGAUCAAAAGAUUCCAAGAGUUCGCGCAACUUUGGCGUCGAAAUCGAUAAAAAACGAGAUGAGUAGAUUGGUCAUCAAAUGUUCUGUCUGUUCCAAGAACACCGAAUUGCCAUUCAAGAAAAAGAGCCACUUAAAGCCAAACAAGUUGAAUAAUUCACAGACAGAGACACCGCAAAGUAACCGAAGUAACCGCAAGAGGAAAAAGAAGAAAUCUAAGGACAAGACCGCUGGUUUAAAUAUCUCAGGUUGCACGCCCGUAUCACAAUUGAACAAGAAAGAUUAUAGUAAAACACCUACAGCAUCGCCUGUAAUCACGCCUAAAACAAUACCAAGUGACAAGAGAUUGUCUACCCCCCAUAAGAAACCCAAGAAACUCAACAUAGAGCGAUUAAAACGUAUUAUGGAGAAUAAGACGACAGCACCUGCAAAAAGAAAGAACUUGCACAGUUUUCUGGCCGAGCUAUAUUGAAAAUAUAGGUAUUUAUAUGCAAUAUGUACAUAUUGUAAAUAUCCUUGCGGUGUACAAUGUACAAUAACAUUUUUAAAAUAUUUUUUAAUAAUAUUUUUUAAUAAAUGACUAAAACGAUAUGUGAGUUUAAUGAUUAGAAGUAUAAUUAAAAUUUUGGACUUGAAAAUUUAGAAUCAUGUCUCUGUCUCUAAAAUAUUAAGAUAUGGAGGGGGAUGUAUCGAUUUGUAAAACAAACAUUUUGCAUUAUUAAUACAGGGUUCUUGUUAGGCUUUUAAGCUAAUAAGCUGAGAAGCUUAUCUAAUUGUUUUCUAAUUGAAAAGUACUAUUAUUAAACCGCAGCUCAAAAUAUGAAUAUUAUAAGUAAUAUCUCAUUUAAAA